GUGCAAUAAACAGAACCAAGCUGGGAGAGGUGAGUAAUCAGAGAAAUGUGAACAGGGUCACUUUAAAACAGACUUUAUCUAAGGAUUUGGCAAUAGCUCCAGGAAUCAAGCCAAGAAAACAGAUUUUCAAUGAACUCAAAGUACUACACCUUGCUGACUCUGGUUACACACAACCCAAGCAAGCUCUGUGAUUGGCUCAGGCUUUGUAUUCCUGCAAACAGUUCUAAGACCCAGACUAUAAAUAUACUGAAACAAAAUGCUACCAGUAUCCAAAGCAAAACACCUCUCCUGAUCUGGGAUCUUCUGCAGGUUAAUAAUGCCUCAGAAAAGGAACUUCGUGAGCAUGUUGCUGAAAUCCAGGUUUAUCAGUGUCCAGAGCAGCAUCCCUCCAUCUACUGUGUCCAACCUCAAGGCUGCAGGGCAAAAUGACCCUCAUGUAACUUGUCCUCACUCCAUGUCUUCACUGCCUGGACCCACAAACUGGCCAGUUUUGGGAAGCUUCAUGGACAUCUUAAGGAAAGGAGGUCUGCAAAGGCAACAUGAAGCAUUGGCAGGUUACCACAAGCAGUUUGGUAAAAUUUUUCGUAUGAAACUCGGAUCGUUUGACUCUGUGCAUAUUGGAGCGCCUUGUCUGCUAGAAGCUCUGUAUCGAGAAGAAAGCAGUUACCCACAGAGACUGGAAAUCAAACCUUGGAAAGCUUACAGGGACUAUCGAGAUGAAGCGUAUGGACUUCUAAUACUGGAAGGCAAGGACUGGCAGAGGGUGAGGAGCGCUUUCCAGCAGAAGCUAAUGAAACCCACGGAAGUUGGAAAACUAGACACAAAAAUAAAUGAGGUUUUAGUAGAUUUUGUUCAACACAUUGACCGCAUCUGCAACAAAGACGGAAGAAUUGAUGACUUGUAUUGUGAGCUAAACAAAUGGUCACUUGAAAGUAUUUGCCUUGUUUUGUAUGAGAAGAGAUUUGGAUUUUUGCAGCCUAAUUUAGGAGAAGAAGCCUUGAAUUUCAUCACAGCCAUCAAAACGAUGAUGAGCACUUUCGGCCUGAUGAUGGUAACUCCUGUCGAGUUCCACAGAAGUUUAAACACCAAAAUCUGGAAAGAUCACACCCAUGCCUGGGACAAUCUAUUCAAAACAGCAAAAUGUCACAUAGACCACAGACUGACAAAACUCUCCACAAAGGACACCGAAGAUUUUCUCUGCAAAAUUUACAAAGACAGCAAAUUAUCCAAAAAGGAGAUGUACGCCACCAUUACUGAGAUGUUGAUUGGAGCAGUGGAAACCACGGCCAACAGCUUAAGUUGGGCCAUAUUUAAUAUAUCCAGAAACCCAGACAUCCAAAAGAAACUAUAUGAAGAGAUCGAGCGGGUCCUGCCUCCUGGCCAAGUGCCGAGUGCGGAAGAUAUUCGGAAUAUGCCUUAUUUGAAGGCCUGUCUGAAGGAAUCUAUGAGGAUCACCCCAUCUGUGCCUUUCACAACUCGAACCCUCGAUAAGGAAACCAUUCUGGGAGAAUAUAUGCUGCCCAAAGGCACUGUACUAACCAUAAACAGCCAUGUUUUGGGGUCCAACGAGGAGUGCUUUGAUGAAUGGACACAGUUUAAACCUGAACGAUGGCUUCAAGAAAAAAAUACCAUCAACCCCUUUGCUUACAUUCCAUUUGGAAUUGGAAAGAGAAUGUGUAUCGGGAGACGUUUAGCGGAACUGCAGUUACAGUUAACUCUGUGUUGGCUUAUCAGAAGAUAUAACAUUGUUGCCACGGACAGUGACCCAGUAGACACAAUACAUUCCGGCACAUUAAAGCCCAGCAGAGAUUUGCCUGUCGCAUUUCACCGGCGAACAAGCAAGUGAGUGUCUAAGGACAGCCUUCACAUUCACGGCUAAACUCCAUGGCACCAACCUUUACUGAUGACAGAUGACAAUCCUUGAAGACAGAGAUAAGGAGAGUAAAAUGUGUUUACAUACAAAUGCUGACGUAGCCGAACAAACAGAAUGUUCAACAACUACAACGUCUCAUUUCUGUGAAAUCCGGUGGAAAGUGUGUUUAGAAAAAGGCACGCAAUGUAUUUAUUUUCCAUAAACUAGGUCAAGGUCUGUUGGUUCAGAUUCUGGAUUCUGCUGAAAUAACAGAAGGCGUGUACUCUAGAAAAUAUAUAUACCUUGCACAUUGGACCUACUACACUAUACAAAAUAUUAUCAGAACAUUAGUGUUAUUGCCUACAGACAUGUCACUGUGUCUGCUAACAUUCUAAUUUGUGUGAUGAUAAAACUAAACGAACUGCACUCUGAUCAACACCGUGAGAUUUGUUCUGUAAACACCGUAUUGUAUGGAGUUGAAAGAAUGUUGCAACAUUGACACUA